AUGUGGCUCGAUCGACUUGCCGGUCAGUCCGCGUCUCCAGCCCCCUCGCCGCCGGGUAGUCGAUCCUACUCUCCCGCACCUCGAAGAACCCCGAGCGGCCUCGGCCCCUAUAUCACCUCCCAGCAACGCCCCGGCCUGAAUCCGAGGUCGUCGUCGCUUUCUUUGGCCUCGACCGAGUCUUCCUCCUCUUUUCUGGCAUCUUCUCGGAAGGCCAAUGGCUCUGCGCUAAAGGAAUCAAAGACGGCCUAUGCUGGGCCUGAGCCUUCGCAGAUUCUCAAUAAACUUCUCGGAGACGACGGCCAGAAUGCAGCAUCCGGCACCGAAUCGGCCAGCAAGUCGGUUAUCUCGAUAUCGGCGGAGGAUCUCGAGCUCGAGUAUGACUUUGCCGGCUUAUCUAUUCGGGAGUUAGCCUUGUCCGAGGGCUCGCCGGCAGAUGACCUUGCUGUACACGGACCCCAGUCGGCUGAGGAAUAUGAGCUAGAGAAGACCAAGUUCGAGGACCUCCAUCGAUCGAUACAAGCUUGCGACGAGGUCUUGAGCUCCGUCGAGACGAAUCUGACCAGCUUCCGAAAUGACCUCGCUGCAGUGUCUGCCGACAUCGAGACCUUACAGGCACGGUCGGCUGUUCUCAACGUGCGGCUGGAAAACCGCAAGGCGGUGGAGAAGGGCUUAGUGCCGGUGGUCGAGGAGAUGAGCGUUCCGCCGAUGGUAGUCUCGAAAAUUGCUGACGGCCAGAUCGACGAGACGUGGGUGAAGGUCGUCGCCGAGAUCGACAAGAGGGCUACCGCGUACAAGAAAAAUGCAUCCACCGCACAGGGUAGCAAAGGAUUGGAAGACCUCGGUCCUCUACUCGAAAAGUUGGUGCUCAAGGCUAUCGAACGAAUAAGAGACUUCCUCGUCGCUCAGAUCAAAGCCCUCCGAUCGCCACAUAUUAAUGCGCAGGUCAUCCAACAACAAAAUUUCCUCAAGUUUAGAGACUUAUACUCCUUCCUUCACAAACAUCAUGCCGCGCUGGCGGACGAGAUAUGCCAGGCUUAUAGGAAUACUAUGAGAUGGUACUACGCCGACCGGUUCACACGUUACGAGAGCGCCUUAAAAGAAAUCAAGCUGUACUCCUUGGAUAAGACAGAUGUGCUGGGCAGCGAGGAUACUUCCCGCAAGGGGUCCGUCCUAUCGAGUUCUAAAAUCGUAGGGCCACCGCACGAUGCCUUUAACCUGGGCCGGCGGAUCGACGUCCUGCGCACCAGCAACCAAACCGCGCUCUCUUCCUACUUAGCCGAAGAGGACCAGUCCACGCACUACCUCGAGGCGCCCUUCCGGAACUUCAACCUCGCGCUCGUCGACAACGCGACGGCCGAGUACACGUUCCUCGCGUCCUUCUUCGCGCCGGCGCUGAGCUACGCGGCGAUCUCGCGGCACUUCGCGUACAUAUUCGAGCCGACGUUCCAGCUCGGGCACGCGCUGACCAAGUCGCUGGUCGGCGACACGUACGACGCGAUCGGGGUGCUGCUCGCGGUGCGGCUCAACCAGCGGUUCCAGUUCGAGCUGCAGCGGCGCAAGAUCCCGACGGCGGACGGGUACCUCAACGGGACGGCGAUGCUGCUGUGGCCGCGGCUGCAGCUCAUCAUGAGCGCGCACUGCGAGUCAGUGCGCGCGCUGACGACGAGCCUGCCCGCGCGGCCGCCCACCUCCAAGGCCGAGCAGAGUCGCCUGUCGGCCGCGCCGCACGUCGCCACCCAGCGCUUCGGCCAGCUGCUGCACGGCAUCCUCGCGCUGAGCGGCGCCGCCGCUGACGGCGCCCCCGGCGGCGGCGGCGACGACGACGAGCCCGUCGCCGCCUCCGCACGCCGCCUCCGCACUGAGAUGGAGGCAUUCCUUACCCGCUACAGCGCUGCCUUCGGCGCCGACCGCCGCAAGCGCGAGCGCUUCCUCUACAACAACUAUAGCCUCGUCCUGACCAUCAUCAGCGACGCGCAGCGCGGCCGGCUCGCCGCCGAGGAGCAGGCGCACUUCGAAGGGCUCAAGGCCGCGUUCCAGGAGGCGGCGUGA